UCCUGGCAGUCCAUGUUAAAUAGAGUAGAUUACAUUUAUUACUCCGUAGAAGCGUUAUACAGCGAGUUGCUGUUAACAGAAAGCAUAAAGACCCUUUUUAUUUUCUCUCGAGAUCAAUACACUACUGCAUUCUCCAAGUGCACUGCAAAAAACAAACCCAAGCGUAAACACACAAAUUAAAUAAAUCAAGCAAUACUGGUGAAGCGGCAGUGCGAUUGAUUGUGCUUUCCUUAAGGGGGGCUCCUCCAGCCGUAUUCGUGCUUAGCUUUCUGCAAAUUUGUGGCGCAUUUAAUUUGGGUUUUCUUUUUUUUUUUUUGUGCUUCAAAAAAAGUUGCUUAUAUAAGGAGUUACAAUACAAGAUUUGAUCUUAAUUCUCCUGCAUCAAAUAUUUAGCGUGAGAUAGUGACAUUUCACAACAAGAUCUAGCCUAGGCAUCAGCCCGUGAAAGACAAGGAAAAUAAAAAUGUUAACCGAAAAGCAGGGUGAGGAAUCAAUCGUGUCGAACUUUCACGAUAAUGAGAGUAACAUAGACAAUAAGGAAGGUGGUGAUGGCAGCAAAGAGGAUGAUCAGUCGAUGUUUGGCCUGAAGAGUUUCCUCUGGCACGGUGGUUCCGUUUGGGAUGCCUGGUUCAGUUGUGCUUCGAAUCAAGUGGCACAAGUGCUACUUACUCUUCCAUACUCGUUUUCGCAAUUAGGGAUGCUUUCGGGAAUACUACUUCAGAUAUUCUACGGCUUUCUGGGCAGCUGGACGGCGUAUCUCAUUAGUGUUCUAUAUGUUGAGUACCGGAGUCGGAAGGAGAAGGAAGGUGUCAACUUCAAAAACCAUGUCAUUCAGUGGUUUGAAGUUCUGGAUGGAUUAUUGGGACCCUAUUGGAAAGCUGUGGGUCUAGCCUUCAAUGUAAUUUUCCUUUGCUUCGGAUCUGUUAUUCAGCUCAUUGCUUGUGCAAGUAACAUAUACUACAUCAAUGACCAUUUGGACAAACGCACAUGGACUUACAUAUUCGGAGCAUGCUGUGCUACAACUGUGUUCAUCCCCUCUUUCCAUAACUACCGCCUUUGGUCUUUUCUUGGCCUUGGCAUGACUACUUACACGGCUUGGUACAUGGCCAUUGCAUCUCUCGUCCAUGGACAGGUUGAAGGGGUAACACAUUCCGGGCCAUCGAAGCUAGUGCUGUAUUUUACGGGCGCCACUAACAUAUUGUAUACUUUUGGUGGACAUGCUGUCACUGUGGAAAUAAUGCAUGCCAUGUGGAAACCUCAAAAGUUCAAGUACAUUUAUCUGCUGGCCACACUCUAUGUAUUCACUCUAACACUUCCGUCUGCUGCGGCUGUCUACUGGGCCUUUGGUGAUGAACUUCUCAACCAUUCAAAUGCUUUCUCUCUCUUACCUAAGUCGGGUUUCCGUGAUGCUGCCGUUAUACUCAUGCUUAUCCAUCAGUUCAUUACAUUUGGGUUUGCUUGUACACCAUUAUACUUCAUAUGGGAGAAAGUGAUUGGAAUGCAUGACACAAAGAGUUUAUGUUUAAGAGCUCUAGUAAGGCUUCCAGUGGUGAUACCAAUUUGGUUCUUAGCAAUUAUAUUCCCUUUCUUUGGGCCCAUUAAUUCUGCUGUGGGUGCCCUCUUGGUUAGUUUCACUGUCUAUAUCAUCCCAGCUCUUGCCCAUAUGCUCACUUAUAAAGACGCCUCCGCCAGAAAGAAUGCUGCAGAGAAGCCUCCAUCCUUCUUUCCAAGUUGGGCAGGAAUGUACGCAGUGAAUAUGUUUAUAGUUGUUUGGGUAUUGAUAGUAGGAUUUGGUUUCGGAGGAUGGGCUAGCAUGACCAACUUUGUAAGGCAGGUUGACACUUUUGGACUCUUUGCUAAGUGUUACCAGUGUAAUCCUCCACCAAUACAUCCUUCCGGUGCUUCUCCACCGCCUCUUCCUCCACACCACUGAUCGAUUCAAUCUCCUUCCUCGAAUGCACGCCUCGAGCGAGCACUCUCGUGGUAGACAACAACAAGGCAGAAAAAUUGGGCUAAACCCUUCUGCAUUUUGUACCAUACAUGGGAAAAAUUGUAGCUAUAUUUUGUCAACUAUUACACAGUAAACAAUGCUUUGUUUUAUUGUACUUGAUUAUUUUUUUUUUUUUAUCCUUACUCCUUUUUAAGGAUUUCUUAUUUGAUUUACAGGAUUAGAAAUCAAUUAUGGAGUGUGUGGAAGAAUAUUUAGUUUGGUAAUUUAUUCAGAGAAAUAGAAUUAGUUAGUGGUAAAUGAAGUUUGAAGUGUAAACUAUAACUUUUAAUAUUAGCAAGUGAUGUUCUUGGUUAA